AAUUUGAUGAAAAAGUUGUUCUCUGGUUUGUUGGGGGCGGAAGGGUGUUUUGUGUGUGGGGAAGUGAGGAAAGAGGUUUGCAAUAUAUAAACGUGUUAGUGAAAGAGUUGUGUGUCUCUUGGUUUCGCUCCAUUCAUUCAGCUUCUCAUCUCCCUCUCUUUCUUCGCUAUAACCCUUUUCUAUCUCACAAUCAACAAUGGGAGAUGAGAAGAAGCCCAAGCCUGCUACUUCAGGCGUGUGGUCCACCGUCAAGCCUUUUGUCAAUGGUGGAGCCUCCGGCAUGCUCGCCACCUGCGUUAUUCAACCCAUCGAUAUGAUCAAGGUGAGGAUUCAACUUGGUCAAGGAUCGGCUGCGCAGGUCACUUCCACCAUGCUGAAGAACGAGGGUGUUGCUGCCUUCUAUAAGGGUCUAUCUGCUGGACUUCUCAGGCAGGCUACAUACACCACUGCUCGACUUGGGUCUUUUAAAAUGUUGACAAACAAAGCAAUUGAGGCUAAUGAUGGGAAGCCACUGCCAUUAUAUCAGAAAGCUCUAUGUGGACUCACUGCUGGUGCUAUUGGAGCAACUGUUGGUAGUCCAGCAGAUUUGGCACUUAUUCGUAUGCAGGCUGAUGCAACUUUGCCUCUUGCUCAGCGCCGAAAUUACACAAAUGCCUUCCAUGCACUCUAUCGAAUUGUUGCAGAUGAAGGGGUUUUGGCGCUUUGGAAAGGUGCUGGGCCUACUGUUGUAAGAGCCAUGGCAUUGAACAUGGGAAUGCUUGCAUCAUAUGAUCAAAGUGUUGAGUUCUUCAAGGAUUCCCUUGGUCUAGGUGAAGCUGCUACUGUGCUAGGUGCAAGUUCCGUUUCUGGAUUUUUUGCAGCAGCUUGCAGUUUGCCAUUUGACUAUGUGAAGACCCAGAUUCAGAAGAUGCAACCUGAUGCUGAAGGAAAAUAUCCAUACACUGGCUCUGUUGAUUGUGCUGUCAAAACCUUCAAAUCAGGGGGACCGUUCAAAUUUUACACAGGAUUCCCUGUCUACUGUGUUAGGAUUGCUCCUCAUGUCAUGAUGACAUGGAUCUUCCUCAAUCAAAUUCAGAAAUUGGAGAAAUCCUAUGGAUUGUAGUUGUCUGGGGAAGUGGGCAUUUUCUGUUGAAUUCAAGCUUUGAGCAUUGAAUAAUUUGUUGGCUGUUUUGUUAGCCCUUUUUGGCAAUUAAACAACGAUGGAGCUGAUCAUUUUUUAAGGUUUAAUUAAUCAUGCGACUGAAGCGGGAAUUUGACAUACCUUAUUACAUUGUAUUAGUCAUAUAUAGAAUUGGAUGCGGCUGAGCAGAAUAUUAUAAUCCAUUUUUUAAUGGAUGUAAUCGAGAAACUAGAAUAAGUACUCUCUCUUAGACAGCAUUUGAACAUCAAGUUUUUUUUUGUAUCAUUUCAUAUUUGAGUAUUUUUUGCAGCUGGGGGAUCCAAGCACAUUAUAUUUAUUGAGAGCUUUUUCCCUCAAUUUUUUUUUCAUUUGUUUGCUACAAUUUGCGAGAUCGAGUUAUUAUCACAUUAUGAACUAGAAAAUACU